AUGGAUCGUGCUCGAUUGUAUGAGUAUUUGGAGCUGCAAUCGUUCUCUCCAGAUGAAAUGAACCUUGCUUUUCGCACCAUCAGCACUUUUUCAAGCUUAAGGCUCACUCAUGAUCAAGAUGAUGUUAUCGAUAAAACACAGAUUCAGGCUUUCUUGGUGGAUAGGUUGGCACAAAUUCAAAAUCAGAUCGUCAAUGACAACCAAAACAACGUCCACAUUCAGGACACUGAUUUCACAGAAGAACAACGACUGGAAUAUGCACAACAGGACGCUGAACGAUUUCUUCAGGUCUUUGUCAACCACAGCAGAGGAAGCGGCAACAAUAACGAGAAUGGCCCGGCCGGUAUCACCGUUUCAAAAGAUCAGUUCGUACAAACCCUCACAGAAAUGGCUACAGCAGUCGACAUGAAACGAAUGUGGCCCAUUACAGCAUCCAUUCUAUUAGUGGGAACCAGUGUUGGCGUGGUCCUUCCAGCAAUGCCUUUCGUCGUAGAAGCACUACAACUCACACCAGGACAAUAUGGAACCGUUGUCAGUGCCUUCGCGCUAUCCAAAAUGGCCAGCAAUAUCCCAAGUGCAAUCCUCGUAGAGAGACAUGGAAGAAAACCAUACUUGACAUACUCGUUGGUUCUUAUUGCUUUUGGGGUGGGAGGUAUCGGCUUUGCUGGAUCCUUUGGGGAACUAUAUCUAUGUCGACUUCUAACGGGCGCGGGAGUGGCAGCACUCACCACAGCCUCACAACUCAUGGUCACUGAUGUUUCCACCCCACUCAAUAGAGCCACGACCAUGUCACCCAUCGUGUCAGCUUUUGCCGCAGGGACUGCCUUGGGACCUGCUUUGGGAGGGACCAUGGUCGAUCAGGUUGGACUACAGAACACUUUCGCCAUGGUGGGCGCAUCGUAUCUGGGUGUGGCAAUACUCAAUAGCAUCAUUCUGAAAGAAACAAAACCACCAAAACAACCCUUGUUGCAUCUUUUCCACGACUUGCCAUGGGUAAAGUUGCCACUCACAAAUCAAAAGCAGCAAGACAAGAUUAGCAACGUUGCUCCGGUAGACAACAACAACAGCAACAACGAAAACAACCGCAGCCAAACAGAAAAGGACGAUUCAACCAGCUUGGCUACAGCUGCCAAGGAUGCAUUGGCUCAAUGGAUCCCGCUCUUUCACAAUGACCAGAUUCGAAGUGUCAUGAUCAUGAAUGGGUUCUAUUGGUUUGCACUGAGCGGGUCACAAAUGACGUUGCUGCCUCUGAUACUCACCAGUCCAGCACCAACAGGACUCGAAAUGUCGGCUGGGGCGGUCGGUCAAAUAUACAUGUCCAUGAGUUUGGUCCAGGUGCUCAGUAAUCCGUUGAUGGCACGGUACUUGGUAGAUCGCAUUGGAAAAGCUGCUGCCAUUUCGGGGGGGUGCACAGUCAUUGCGGCAUCCAUGAUAAGCCUGCCACUUUGGACAAACCCUCCAGAGAACUGGCCAAUCUUCGUAGGUACUUUGGGAUUCUGGGCGUUGGGAUCCUCAAUGCUGUCCACGGCCCCAUUGGCAUACAUCUCGGAUAAAGUCACCGAAGACAAACGAGCUCAAGCAAUUGCCAUGUUGCGCACGAGCGGGGACGUUGGAUUCUUGUUGGGGGCAUCAUGCACUGGUGGAUUCGCAGACCUUUUGGGGGGGAGUCUUGAUCUGGCCAUGCAAUCCAGUGGAGGUCUCUUGUCGGCUGCCACUUUCUGGUUCAUUGUCCGACAAAAGCUGCUGUGGAAUACCAACGGCAGUGCUGAGAGCACCACUGGUACCACUGGAACUUCCACUAGAGACAAAAAGCGACACUGA